CCCACCUGGCCUCCCUACCUCUCGAACGGUAGUAGACCUAUAAAAGGUGACACAUUGCUCUCGUUCAGCACCGACUCACUCACAAUGAUUCGUCUAAGCAAGAUCAACUCUCAAGUUCUCUUCUCGUUUGGGGUGCUGGCCUUACUUCUAGCCGCAUGCAAGACGAAUGGAGCGAGCGUGGCGGUCGAUUCUAAAGAUUCCAAUGUUAAAGUAACCGAAUCUUACAAGGAAUCUGCUAAGGAGACAUCUUACAGUGACGACCAGCUAAAACCUCGUAUUGGUCUGUACACGCAAAAAAUUGAUCCUUAUGGUACACUUGGACCCAUUGGAGGCAAUCAGGCUUUCGUCUUGACUUCGCUGAAUAGCUACGGUAGUUACGGUCCUUCCGGCAGUAGCUAUGGUGGCCAACAGGCUGGCUCUUAUGGUGCGACUCCACUGCCUUACAUCGUGACUGGCAAUUACGGUGGAAAUGUUUACGGCUCUGCCUAUUCUGGAGAAUCAGCUUACAGCCCUGCUGCCUAUGGUGCUGCCUCUGGGAGCUAUAGUACCACCGCUGCUCCUUCAUACGGAUCUGGGUCUUCGAAUUACGGCACAACGGCAUCGUAUGGUGUAACCCAGGCUCCGGCUUAUGGCGGAUCAGCUUACGGCGUCACUCAGGCAUCAGCUUAUGGAGCUUCAUCUUACGCCGGAUCAGCUUAUGGUGUCACUCCAGCUCCUAUGUAUGGUGGUUCUGCUUAUGGCGCAACAUAUGGCCCCAGUUAUGGUAUGGGAAACUCGUAUGGAGCAGCUUACGGCGUCACGCCGGCCCCUACCUACGGAGGAGCUGCUUACGGUGUCACCCAGGCUUACGGAAACAUGGCAUCUUCCUAUAGCGGAGCUGCUUAUGGUGUUACUCCAGCCCCUGCUUACACAAUGGCGUCAUCGUACGGUGGAGCAUACCACGUUACUCCGGCCACAUCUUACGGCAUGGGUUCCUUCUAUGGUGGAUCUGCUUAUGCUGCUAACCAAGCCGCAACCUAUGGCAUGGGUUCCCUCUACGGCGGAUCUUCUUACGGCGUUACACAAGCCCCAGUGUACGGCGGAUCUUCUUACGGCGUUACACAAGCCCCAGUGUACGGCGGAUCUUCUUACGGCGUUACACAAGCCCCAGUGUACGGCGGAUCUUCUUACGGCACUACACAAGCUCCUGUUUACAGUGGAUCUUAUGGCGUCACCCCAGCUCCAUCUUAUGGCGGUUAUGGUGUCACUCAGGCUCCAGCUUACGGUGGAUCUGCUUACGGAGUCACUUCAGCCUACAGUGGAUCUGCUUAUGGAGCUACACAAUCUUACGGCAACAUGGCUUCUUCUUACGGUGCAUCAUCUUACGGUGUUACACCAGCUCCUAUUUACAACAACAUGGGCAACUACGGAUCGUCGUACUCUGCAUCAGCAUAUGGCGCUACUUCCGCUCCUUAUGGCUACAACAUGGGCUCAUCGUACGGUGGUUACAGCGCUGCUUCGUCUCCCUUCUCUUAUGGUGGCAACUUGAACAUGCCUAGCGGUUCCUAUUUAACUGGAUCGACUUACGGCGCUGGAGGCUAUGGAAGCAAUGCUGGAUACGGUGGAGCUAGUAGCAGUUACGGUGUUGCGUCAUCCCCUUACUCGUCAUACGCUGGCAACAUGGGCUCAUUCUAUGGCGGGGGUUACGGCAGCCCGUCUUCCUACCCUGAAGCUUAUUACUCAACUGGAUACGGCGGAUAUGGAAGUGGAGCUUACGGCGCAGGUUCCAGUUACAGCCCAUUCUUGAACAGUGGCGCUGGAUACAACAUGAACCCUUACGGCAACAUCGCUGCUUAUUGAUCUUGUUAUUGUUCGUUUGUUAGAAAGUCAAAUAGAAGUAUUUAAUUGAAA